AUGGUCCUCAAAAUCCACGGCGCGCCGACGAGCCCGAACACGAAGCGCGUGACGAUGCUCUGCAAGGAGUUCGCGCUCGACUACGAGCUCGUCGAGCUCUCGUUCUGGACGGAGGACCAGAAGAAACCCGAGUUUGUGGAAAAGUACUCGCCGCUCGCGCAGGUGCCUGUUUUGGACGACGACGGCUUCGUCCUGUACGAGUCGCGCGCGAUCGCCUUCUACCUCGCCGCCAAGGCGCGCUCGCCCCUCCUCCCGAGCGAGGACGACGUCAAGCGCCGCGCGCGCUACGAGCAGGCCGUGCAGACCGAGGUGUGCCACGUCGACCACCUCGCGUACUCGCUCGCGUGGGAGAAGAUCUGGAAGGCGUACACCGGGCUGACGACGGACGAGGAGAGGGUAAAGGAGUAUGCGCGGACGCUGGAGGAGACGUUUGACGCGUACGACAAGAUCCUGAGCAAGCAAAAGUACCUCGCCGGCGACGAGCUUACCCUCGCUGACCUGUUCCACCUGCCCCACGGGAACCUGUUCCCCCAGUGCGGGUACACCUGGCUCGAGGACGGCAAGCGGCCCAACCUUUACCGCUGGUGGAAGGAGCUGAACGCCAGGCCGAGCUGGCAGGCGGUCAAGGAUCACGCUUGA